AUGCAACGUCUGUUACCGAAAUUUACGUCGAUUUCUCGACGAUGUUCCGUGAUGAAGCUGUCGAAACCUUUAGCAACGAACGACAGCCAAAAGUGUUUGGAUCUUAACGCCUCUGACAUACUCUCUGCGCCCAUUACUCAGUCCCAAACAACAUCAGUGAUGAACGAAUCGUUAACCCGAACGAAUUCGAUUCCACUGUUGGAUCAAUCGGCCGCAGAAGUGUCGACGGCCACGUUCGAGAUUACCACCUCGAAAAACGAAUCGCAGAUCAUCGGAGAUCGAUCGGCGCAACCCUUCGAGGAGAUUCCUGGACCGGCGGUGCUGAAGAUCUGGGAGAAGUAUUGGAAAUUCGUGCCGCUGUUCGGUACGCAACUGUUUUCCAGUCUGCUAAUCAACAGAUUCACUCAGGGACGACUAUCGUGGAAUCGAAACGUCACCCCUUUGAAAUAUUUAUUCAAUGAAUACGGUUGCAUCGUGAGAAUCAAUGGACCACUUUCAGGAGACAUUGUAAUGAUUCAUAGACCAGAACACAUAGCGGAAGUGUUCAAGCAAGAAGGCGACACCCCUCUUAGAAGCGGUAUCGACAUUUUGCAGCAUUACAGAUUGAAUUAUCGAAAAUAUCGUCUUGCUGGUGCAUUCUCUCUGCAAGGUUCGGAAUGGCUGGAACUGAGAGAAAAGGUGGAGCAGGAAUUCGAACAGAUCGCCUCGAAUUUCUUUGACAGAAUCGACGCGAUCUGCGACGAACUUAUCAACAGGAUAUACAAAAUACGAAACAGGCAAAACGAAGUGCCCGCUACGUUCCACGAGGAUCUCCUUCGAUGGGGUAUGGAAUGUUUCUGCAAUCUUACAUUUAACAAGCAUCUCGGUUUUCUCGAAUCAGCUGGAUAUAACUCCACCUCGGAGACGUCGAGGAUCGUCAAUGCCAUGAUGGUAGCUCACAAAUAUAUGAGUCGUUGCGAGACUGGCUUUCAAGUCUGGCGAUUCUUCCUAACUCCAUUCGCCAGGAAGCUUUUCGACGCCUGCGACGUGCUCGAUGGCGUCAUAGGAAAGUACGUUCGUCAUGCUCAGAACAAGCUUCGAAGUCGAUCCCCUCAGGACGUAGAAGGCGGUUCACCAGUUUUGGAGAAGUUCCUUUUGAACGAAGGUAUCCGUCCGGACGACCUGUGCACGUUGCUGAUGGACAUGAUGAUUUUGGGUGUACAAGCGACAGUAAACUCCGAAGCUUUCUUACUGUAUUACUUAGCAAGGAAUCCACGAACUCAGAGGAAAAUCUACGACGAGAUUGUAUCGGUUUUACCGAGCAGUGAUUCGCCCUUCACCGAGAAAACCGUGAGAAAUAUGCCAUACUUGAAGGCUUGUCUCCAGGAAAGCUUAAGAUUGCGACCAGCUGUUCCCUAUAUCACCAGGCUGCUACCUAAAACGAUAUCGUUGCACGGUUACACGAUACCCAAAGGGACUUUCGUCAUAAUGGCGAAUCAGAUCACUUCUCAAAGGGAAGAAAACUUUGAGGAUCCAGAGAAAUUUCGACCAGAAAGGUGGUUGAAUUCUAAGAAAGAGGACACUGAUUUCAGCUACUUACCCUUCGGUUACGGUGCAAGAUCGUGCUUGGGAAAAAACAUGGCCGAAGCAAAGAUGAUGUUACUCACUGCAAAGCUUAUACGUCAAUUCAGAAUCGAAUACGACUACGCCGACAUCAAAAGCAGCUUCAUGAUGGUGAACGUGCCGAAUAAACCGCUUCGUUUCCGUUUCGUCGACAGGAAUUAAAGAACACGUAUCCCUCAAUGACAAAACUAUAGAAAUCAAAUAUCAAUCUCAAAGUAUUAGUUUGUUGUUAAGUUAUAGAUAAGAGGUAGCCGAUAAUAAGAGCUUAAAUAAUAAAACAA